AUGCCUCACGAAAUAAUCCUCGAAAACGGUCCACUAGCGUUCACCACUCUCAGUAACCACUCGGCUGCUGACGUAUUCACCACCACCAGCCGGAAAUGGAACCGAGUGGUGCUUCUACUUCACGGAUUUCCCGACGACCACACCACCUUCCAGCCCAUUUGGCAGAAGCUCCUUGAUGCAUUCGAUGGCUCCAAAGUGUUGCUUUUGGCUCCAAAAAUGAGAGGCUACGAGCGGUCCAGCCAGCCCUCUCCACCUGCUUACUCGCUCAAAGACAUUGCGGGGGACGUUAGGUCAUGGAUCAUUAGUCUCAAUGCGUCCAGCGUCCCCGUACACAUCAUUGGCCACGAUUGGGGAGCCGUGGUGUCCUAUGAGACUGCCACGUUAUAUCCCGAUCUCGUGUCAUCCAUGGCAUGUCUUGCCAUUCCAUUCGUCAGAGGCAUCAAGCCCUGGACACUUGUGGGUGCUGCACCCAGCCAGCUUUGGUUGUCGUCUUACAUGGUCAGAAUGCAAUUACCCUUGUUCUAUUUGUCCAGGCUCCAGGAGACAGGAGAUGACAGCUAUUUGGACUACUUGUGGAAAACUUGGUCCCCCACCUGGAAAUACUCUAAGAACGACAUUGCCCGCCUAAAGGCUGCUUUUGCAGACGAAAAAGUCGUACAUUCUACCACCGCCUACUACCGUGGAAUCGCGGAUCCCAGAAACGUAAAGCAGUUGCGCUUUGACAUCAACUUUCAAAAGGUGCCCACCCUUGUAUUGGGGGGACAGGUGGACGGAUGUAUGUCCCGGGGCUUAUUUGAUGUUUCCAGACAACACUUUGCACACAUUCCGAACCUUCGCAUAGAAGUGGUGCCUGGAGUGGGGCAUUUCAUGCACAGAGAAGACCCCGAAGCAAUUAGUGGUUUGUUGAUCGAGUGGUUCCAGAAGCACCAAACUCCAAACUGAGAUACUAAUAGGAAGCUACCAGGAUACGAAGGCCAUGCCAGUAUCUCCGUCUUAACAGCGCACGGAGUACUGGGCCCGUGGACUUUGAAUGCCGACGAUCAUUCGAUCGUCGAUGUAAUUAGGCAAACGGUUAUGAAUUAUGCUACAUAUAUGAAAAGCAACUGACUAUACUCACGCUGACGAUCCACCUACAUGUAAAGCGUGUUGAUCAUCAAGAUUUUUUAGUAGGGCCGUAGCCAAUUUCAUAGUCUGCCGACAGGUACAUCUCGGGAAUUAGCACUAUUUCGUAUUUUUUGGCCAAAAAAUCCAAAAGCCGAGAUGAAUUCGAUUUUAUUAGAUGCCUAUAUUUUUCCACCGUGCUUACUUAAUAUUAUUCUGCGUCAAUAGACAAGCAUUAUUUUUAGUACCACAUUUACAUAAUACAUGAAAUCCAUCCGAA